CAUCGACACGAAGCUCCUUCACCGCAGCACUAAUCUCCCCCAUUUCUAUAAAUUCAACUUCUCUCAUUCCUCCACACAAUUAAUUCAUCAAAUUAACACUUUUCAUCGUCUCUGCUUUUCCGUCACGGCGGCGCAAAUAUGGACGGAGUUACUAAGACCACUCCAGUUUCCGAUUUGAGAUUUUCGUCUGUGGUACCGGCGAAGGCGACCGGCGAAGAUGAGGUGAAGGAACUUACGGCGAUGGAUUUAGCGAUGAAACUUCAUUACAUCAGAGGAGUUUAUUUCUUCAGAGCGAGUGAAGAGGUGAGGAAUUUGACGGUUUAUGACUUGAAAAAACCUCUGUUUCUAUUGUUGGAGAAAUACUACGUCGUUUCAGGGAGGAUUCGACGGAGAAUCGUCGGAGAUGAUGGAGAUAGGGCUUUUAUUAAGUGUAAUGAUAGUGGAGUGAGGAUUGUUGAAGCAGAUUGUGAGAAAACGAUUGAGGAGUGGCUUUCGAUUGAAGAUGGUGAUAAGAUUUUGAAUCGUGAUGGUUGCUUGGUUCAUUCUCAAGCUAUUGGUCCUGAUCUUGGAUUUUCCCCUCUUGCUUUCAUUCAGCUAACUCGGUUCAAGUGCGGCGGACUUUCCGUGGGCCUCAGUUGGACUCACGUUCUCGGCGACAUCUUCUCCGCCUCCACCUUCAUCAACGUAUGGGGUCACAUCAUGAACAAUCGCCCCCUCCAUCAACUCCGUCCGGCGCCGGCUACCCAUAUCCCCACAUCCAGAUCAUCCAGACUGAUCUCCACACCACCGCUCAAGAGACUCGACCCCACUGGAGACCUAUGGAUUGGGUCGACCGACUGCAAGAUGGCGACGCGGUCGUUCCGAAUCACGUCGGCUCAAUUGGAUCGAAUCACGAGCGUCGUCGGCCGGAAUCGAUCCAUGAACUUCUCAACAUUCGAAUCCAUAACUGCAGUUUUCUGGAACUCUCUGUCGAAAAUACGCCUUGAGGAUUCGGAUUCCAGGACGAUCUCAAUCUACUCGACGAAAUGCCCUAACAGAGAAAGCGAAAUUCCGAGUAAUGGAAUGGAAAUGAGCGGCGUCGAGGCCGAUUUUCCUGUGGCCGGAGCAGCGGAAGGGGAGUUAGCGGAGGUGAUCGUGAAGAAGAGAAUCGAUGAAGGUGGAGAAGUUGAGGAAUUGGUGGAGACGAAAAUGGACGAUUCAGAUUUCAUAGCGUACGGAGCGAGAUUGACAUUCGUUGAUUUGGAAGAAGCGGAUGUUUACGGCUUCGAAUUGGAAGGGCAGAAGGCUGUUCAUGUGAAUUAUGAAAUUGGGGGAGUUGGCGAAAACGGCGUCGUCAUGGUACUUCCAGGACCACCGCGUAGUGACGGAAGAGACGGCGGUGGACGGACGGUGACGGUAAUCUUGCCGGAGAAAGAGGUGCCGGACCUCAUUGAUGAGAUGGAGAAGCAAUGGGGAAUUGUUUGAAAUCAAAAUGUUAAUUAUACGUUGAAGAGAUAAUAUUCGUAUUUAAAUAAAUAAAUUAAUGUUUUUAUGUGAUUAAAUUUGUAAUUUAAAAUCGAACUCACUAUAAAAUUUGUCAAUUCCGUACAUAUUUGUAAAUAAAUGUUGGUUUACCGAUCAGCCUUUUAUAA